AUCUUCAGUCAACAUAUCUCUUGCCGGAAGUAGUUAUCAUAAUAUUUAUCACUCCAAUACAUAAACUCACUCAACAAACAAUUUGAUCAGUUUAGAUUGAAAAUGGCAGCUUAUGCAGCUGUUGUUUCUCUUAUGAAUGUUAUCUAUAACAUCCAAAAUCAUCCUCAAUUUUCCAUUUCUCUUUUCGACGAGCAACAGGCUGAAUCUCUCGGCGAGAAGCUUGAUUUCUUGGUAGAUUUUAUAGAGAGCAAUCAUUCUCACGAAUUGCUGGAGAGCGAAAUUGCAACCGCAGCCUAUGCGGCUGAAGAUGUAAUCGAAUCUCAUAUUGUCGACCAAAUCCAUUCCGGUUCGAUUUCUUCGCUCGAUCUCCAGACAAUAAUCAAAGACAUGGACUAUGUGAAGGAUAAGGUUGUCAAUUUUAAGGAGGAAGAAGGAGGAUUAUCCAAAGUUCAUCGACAGUAUUCAAUGUCUGCUACUUCAUCAACACCUCCGAUUACCGGUGGCGGAAAGAGCACAAAAAUGGUGGGAUUUGAGGAGGAGUUGAUUCAACUUUUGGAUGCUCUCACCGGACGACAAUCGAGUCUGCAAAUCAUCCCAAUUGUAGGCAUGGGCGGCAUUGGUAAGACUACUCUUGCUCGAAAUGCUUACGAAAGUCGAUUAAUUGUGAAUCACUUUGAUAUUUGUGCUUGGGCUACAAUAUCUCAAGAGUAUAGUCUCAAAGAAAUCUUUUCAAAACUUCUUUCUCCCGAAAAUGGUCAAUCCGCUAAUGAACAACAAUUAUCUCAAAAGUUGUAUCAAAGUCUAAUAGGUCGGAGAUAUUUGAUUAUAUUGGACGAUAUAUGGAGUAUCGAUGCUUGGGAAAAGAUGAUGAUUUUCUUUCCAGAUAACAACAAUGGAAGUCGAAUUAUCCUAACCACUAGGCUGUCAAAUGUUGCUGGUCAUUUUGGCUCGUCGUACUUUUCCAAGAAAUUUCUAGAUGAAGAUCAAAGUUGGAAGCUAUUUUGUGAAAAGGCAUUUCCGCAUAAAGAAGUUUGUCCUCCUGAAUUAGAGAAACUUGGAAAGAAGGUUGCUAAAAAAUGCAAAGGGCUUCCUUUAUUAAUUGUUGUGAUUGGAGGUCUUCUUAAGUCUAAAACGCAAGAAUUAUGGGAGAAUAUCGCAAAUAAUAUAAAUUCAAUUUUGACUUCAGAAGAAGAUACCCAAAGGUUGGAUAUAUUGUCCUUGAGUUAUAGUCACUUACCUGCCCAUUUAAAAGCGUGUUUUCUUUACAUGGGAAUUUUUCGUGAGGACUGUGAGAUUCUUGUCUCCGUAAUUAUCAAACUUUGGAUUGCUGAGGGAUUUAUAAAACCAAAUAAAACCCAAAGUUUGGAAGAUGUUGCAGAGUGCUACUUGAAGGAACUUGUUGACAGAAAUCUCCUUUUAGUUGGUGGCUUGAAAUUGAAUGGAAAAAUAAAAACUUGCACUAUCCACGAUCUUUUAAGAGACUUAUGCAUUAAGACAGCUCAAAAAGAGAAAUUUCUUUAUUUGAUCAGGUUUUGUGGCAGUUUGUCGGGCAUAAAUAAGGCGUGUCGUCGCAUUUUGUGUCAG